AGUACAAGUGAAGACGCCCGGGUGGGUGUGGAGACCGAUGUGGAUUACAUUGCACCGCAGUACCAGACGACGUUCCUGCAAAGUAUCUGCACGCCAAGGCUGUGGGGCGUAUUGUGGACGUUGUUUGCCACAGUGGGUGCGGAAACUGUUCUGAUGCUAAACGCGAGUUACAUUUUUGCCGCACUCUCCGGUGAGCCGGUGUCGCCAUCAUUGAGAAUUCUUCUGACCGUGCUGGACGGCGUUGGCAGUGCUGUUGGCCGCCUGCUCAUGAGUGCGUUUGAGGUCUGGUCACAAAAAAAGAAGCCGGAGGAACGUAUUCCCAUGACAGCUGCCCUUUUUGUUCCAUCAUUUAUCAUGGUCAUCGUGCUGGUGCUCAUCCUCACGGUGCCAAAAGUGGCCCUUCCAUUGCCGUACGUCUUGGGUUCGCUGGCCAACGGGCUCCGUGCUGGCGUGAUCGUCCUGAUGGUCCGCACCAUAUACGCCAAGGACGUUGCCAAGCACUACAAUUUCUGUUUUUUGUCAACGGUGUUCUCGACGAUUCUGUUGAACCGGUUUGCGUACGGCGAGUGGUAUACCCGUGAGGCGGAGAAGGUUGGCACCCUUGUGUGCCUGCAACGCCGCUGCGUCCUCAUGCCGCUGUUGCUGAUGUUGGGCAUCAACUGCACAUCCUUCAUCUCCAGUGUGUACGUGCAUAUUUCGUACCUGCGUUUCAGUCGCAGGACGCUGGCGGAGCGACGCCGCAUCAAAGAAGAGGCGAGGCAGCAAGCAGCGGACAUUUGCAUCGAUCACGCAGAAAAUGGCAAACAGUGA